GGGUUUUGUUCUUGCAUGAGUUCAGCCCUGGGGGAGAUGCAGACUGGUCUUGGAAGAAGGCACCUUCUAAACAACUCCACUUCCAAUGGUCUGGGCAAGACAUUUUAAUAGAUUGUUCUAGACUCUGUUGGGCAAUUCCAAAGCCCCGGCCGGAGGAAGCAGGUGCCUGUUCAUCAAUCCCUGACAGCCUCAUUGGGCAACAGUGUUAGGCAACAGGAAGUCCUUGGGCAGCCUCCUAGCAGAGCCCCGGGAGUUUGGCUGUGAAGAUGGAAUUGGGUAGGAGCUCCUCGACACCCCAAGAAGAAGCCAUUUCCCCUCUUGGAGUACUUGGUGCUGGGCCCAACAGCUCCCCACUAGGGAAGCUUCAAGCCCUUCCCAUCGGUCCAGGUGCCCACCGAGGGGCUCAUAGCAGCUCAGCCCCAGCAGGGGACAGCUCUACACGGGAGCCAAGUGGUGCCAUGAAAAUCCCCAACAGAGACAGUGGAAUUGACAGCCCAUCCUCCAGUGUGGCCAGUGAGAACUUCCCCUGUGAGGAGAGCAGUGAGGGCUCCCCAAGCCCUGCCAUCCUGGGGCUACCCUCUGAGACAGCUGCGGACAGCCGGGUCCCACAGGACAACCCCCAGGAGGAAGAAGAUAGUGGCAUGGGUGAAGAGCCUGACCCCAAGGUCACCCUGUCUAGGCCUCAGGAGGAUGUCAGCUUGACUCAGUGCUCUGACCCACAGAAACUGCUUCAUAUUGCCCAGGAGCUCCUGCACACGGAGGAAGCCUACGUGAAGCGGCUGCACCUGCUGGACCAGGUUUUCUGUACCAAGCUGACAGAAGCAGGGAUCCCUCUGGAAGUCACCACCGGCAUCUUCUCGAACAUCUCUUCCAUCUACUGCUUCCAUGGGCAGUUCCUCCUGCCCGAGCUGCAGAAGAGGAUCACAGAGGAGUGGGAUACAAACCCUCGCCUCGGAGACAUCCUGCAGAAACUGGCUCCAUUCCUGAAGAUGUAUGGCGAGUAUGUCAAGAACUUUGACAGAGCGAUGGGGCUGGUGAGCACUUGGACCCAGCGUUCUCCGCAGUUUAAGGAUGUCAUCCACACCAUCCAGAAGCAGGAGGUGUGUGGGAACUUAACACUGCAGCAUCACAUGCUGGAGCCUGUGCAGAGGGUCCCCCGCUAUGAGCUGCUGCUCAAGGACUACCUAAAGAGGCUCCCCGGGGAUGCCCCAGACCGGAAGGAUGCAGAGAGGUCCCUGGAGCUCAUCUCCACAGCUGCUGACCACUCCAAUGCUGCCAUUAGGAAGAUGGAGAAAAUGCACAAGCUCUUAAAGGUGUAUGAGCAGCUGGGUGGGGAAGAGGACAUCGUUAACCCAGCCAAUGAGCUGAUCAAGGAGGGCAACAUCCAGAAGUUAUCAGCCAAGAAUGGCACCACUCAGGACCGAUAUCUCUUCCUGUUCAACAAUGUGAUGCUCUACUGUGUACCCAAACUGAGGCUCAUGGGCCAGAAGCUCAGUGUACGGGAGAAAAUGGACAUCUCUGAUCUCCAGGUGCAAGAUAUUGUGAAACCAAACGCAGCCUGCACAUUCAUCAUAACAGGAAGGAAAAGGUCCCUGGAGCUUCAGACUCGGACAGAAGAAGAGAAGAAAGAAUGGAUUCAGGUCAUUCAGGCCACCGUGGAGAAGCACAAACAGAAGAGUGAGACCUUCAGGGCCUUCGGCGGAGCCUGUAGCCAGGAUGAGGAGCCCAGCCUGUCUCCAGACCAGCCCGUCAUGAGUGCCAGCUCUGUGGAACCUGCAGGGGUAGCUGACAGUAAUGGGGGUGCUCCCGGGAUCGAGUCCAGAAAGUCGUCCUCUAAAACAAGACGUGACAAAGAGAAGCCCGGGUGUAAGAGCUGUGGUGAGACCUUCAACUCCAUCACCAAGAGGAGGUAUCGCUGCAAGCUGUGUGGAGAGGUCAUCUGUAGAAAGUGCUCAGAGUUCAAGGCAGAGAACAGUAAGCAGAGCCGCGUCUGCCGAGAGUGUUUCCUGGAAGAGCCCCUGGUCCCUCCAAGCCCCAGCUCUGAGACUCCCACUGAGCUCAAACAGAAUGCAGAGAAGCCUCCCUCUGUAGAUCCUCGGCCCAGCCUGCUCUGCGGUACCCUGAAUCUGUCAGACGAUGGUACGGCCUGGAGUGAAGUGUGGGCAGCCAUCCCUGAAUCAGAUCCUCAGGUGCUAGACCUGCUGGCAGGCAGCCAGGCUGGCCGACUGCUGUAUAGCAUCCCACUCUCUGGCUGUAAUAUAACGAUGCCUGACCCUGAGGAGGGGCUGGAGGCAGGAUGUGCCUGGAAGCUACAUCAGGGCUCACAGACCUGGUGGCUGAGCGCCCCCUCCACAAAGCUGCAGCAGUGCUGGCUGAAAGCCCUGGGCACUGCCGCACAUGGGGGCACAGCCGGAGACAGACCAGGGGCCUCCCAGCCCCAGACCCCAGCAGACACGGACACUCCAUGAGCAGAGUCUCCUACUGUCUUUCCCACUACUGUAUUUGGCCUGUGUUCUUUUCUGGGUGACCUUAGAAGUCGAGUGAAGGGAUGAAGGACUCCUGUGACCACUGAGGAUGGACCACAUGGCCCAGAGAAGAGUAGCUAUGGGUCCAAGAUCACUCAGCAAGCCUUAGACAAGAGUUGGGCUUCUGGUUCCAGCGCCAGCAUUGUGGUGAGAGCAUGGAGAACGGCCACUACAAAGCAAAUGUCACCCAAGCAGACUGAGUGAUGACAUCAGUCCUCAAAGGCAUAAGGGCACUGUCCAGGGGUGAUCAUGCCCAACCUGGUGUGCUGUCACUCUGGGAAAGGCAGAGCUGUCUGUGGCCUGACCUGGCCAUUGUCCAUCUAUCCACUGUGUGACCUGGGCCAUGACCUGCUCCUCUGGGCUUCCCUUCUAUAUUGCCCUCUCCUGAAGCAUUCCUUGUCUGCUAUUCCUGCUGAGCCCAUGUAGGGCAGGGAGCAAGGGCCUUCUUACUCCACCAUUCCCAAACAAAGACACUCAGAGGCUGCGGGGAGGUCCACCCUCACCCCUGUGUGGCAGGUUUGUGAGGUUUCAGACUGGUCCCUCUGUGGGCAGGUGCCAUGCUUAUCUGCAUAAAUAAAUGCUGGCUGCCUGCAAGUGAAUGCAGCCUGGGCACCUCCAACCCCACUCUUUACCGGGCUCCCCUCAAGGCAGGUGGCUUGUGGAGGAACGUAGACGAAGGUGGCAAGAUGGCACAGACCACACACUUGUCUUACAGAGCAGUUCUGCAUCCCUGAUACUGUAGGUAGUGGAUGAGCAGCUAAGCUGGACAGGAAGGUGGGAGUGCUGUCACUCAAGAUGUGGGGAUGUGACAAAGGUCAUGGGGCUCAGGAGGCUGUUUGCCUUGCAAGGAGUAGGAAAUUUAGAGACCAGUGAUGGAGUUCUGAUCCUUGCUCUCUAGCAUCAGCACAGCUCUGUUGUGGGGACAACUGGCAGAUAUAAGGGGCAAUUACAUGGUGGGGUGAGGAGGUGUAGAGCCAGAAAUGGGUGCUAGUUAUAGGUGACAUUGGGACACACAGAUGAGGUGGGGCCUCAAGUGAAAUGGGGGCCUGGGUUGGGAGUCCUGGUAAGGAAGGAUGAUGGGGUAGAAUUAAAGUGGUUUGGAGCAGAGGCGAGGUGGACAGAGUAGGGGUGAGUUGAAUGUGGCAGGGGCUAGGUGGAUGGGGGAAGGGUGAGGUCAGUGAGGUGAAUGGGGCAGGCAUGAAGUGGAUGGGGCAGGGGAGAGGUGGAUGAGGCAGGGGUGAGGUGGACCAGGAAGGGGUGAAGUGGAUGGAUCAGGGGUGAGGUGGAAGGGGAAGGGGUGAGGUGGAUAAGAUACAAGUAAGGUGAAAUAAGGUGGAUUGGGUGCAGGUAAGGUGUCAGAACACCAGAACACAGCUGAUUCUGUACGAGAGCCCCCUGGACUAGGUGUGAUCCACCUCAGGACCAUCUGAGCGAGUGGUCCUUCUUCACCCUGAAGAAACUGAGCAAAACAAGUGGAAUGAUUCCACAGUGGGAGGAAUGCAUUGGGGGACUUCUAACUCCUACUCAAGUGAAGCCCUCACUCAGUUCUGAAUGGGACAGUGUUGAGGGUGGCCCAGGUGACACAAGGAACAAAGGAGGGGCUUUGCUUGGCUAGGUGUGCUAUGUGGUAGACACACUGGACAGGCACAAACCUUCAACCUCUUGCCACCUUUGCUUCUUCCUCCUGCUCAUAGCGGUUCUGGCCCUUGCAUUUCAAGGAUUCCAAGUGCUCGUCCUCUGAAGAGUCAGAGCCUGAGGAGGUGCUUCUGUGUGUCCUUCCCCCUGGGGAGUGCCUCUGCCCAUUCUGUCCCAGGAUUCGGACUAGUCAGUUUGCAGCUUGGGGGCUUCUGAUGCUACCUGAGCAGAAAGGUGCAUAAGUGACUCUUCUUGUUGCUGUGACAAAGUCUUAGACAAAAUCACCUUACGGAAGAACGAGUUUAUUUGGCUCACAACUUGAGGGUAUGAUCCAUCAUGGUGAGGAAACCCUCGGAUGCAGGAGAGCUGGCUGGAUUCUGUCCACAGUCAGGAAGCAGGAGCGCUGGAUGCUGGCUCUCCACCCACUUUCUCCGUUUUAUUCAUUCCAGGACCCUAAGCCAUGGGAUGCUCCUGUUCACAUUCAGGGUGGGUUUUCUCUUCUCAAUUAAACUUUUCUGGAAACACCCU